CGCAGCCGCAGGUAGAGACGAAGACCGCGAGGGCGCCAACUGUAGCCCGCGGCUACGCCCCCGCACCGCUCUCCUCCCUCCCGGGACGGGCAACGCGCCGCCAUGCUCGCCGCGUCAGCGCGGCGGCUGUCCGCAGCCGCCUCGUCUUCCUCUUCUUCCACGCGCGUCAGCCAGCUCGCCGCCGCAUUGAACCCACAGAGGUGGAUGCACGACAGGAACAAGAAGGCGAUGGAGCUGAUAGCCAAGGGGUGGAGCGCGCUCCAGGAGGUCGACCGCGUCAUCGACUACGCCGACCACAACGACAAGCGCCUCAUCCCGCUUCUAAGGGGUGCUAAGGAGAACUUUGAGCUUGCUCUGGAGAUUGACAAUGAUAAUACCCAUGCGAGAUAUUGGCUGGGCAAGAUGCAUUUCAAGUAUCAUGUUCCUGGAGCUUGUAAGGCAGUUGGUGCUGCUUUGUUGGUUGAAGCUGCAAAUAUGGGUGAUCCAGACGCACAGUAUGAACUUGGAUGUCGAUUAAGAAUUGAGAAUGACCACGUUCAGUCCGAUCAACAGGCUUUCCAUUACAUCGAGCAAGCUGUUGACCAGCUGCACCCUGGCGCUUUGUAUCUUCUAGGCGCUGUAUAUCUAACUGGAGACUGUGUUAAGAGGGAUAUAGCUUCUGCGAUGUGGUGUUUCCAUAGAGCUUCAGAAAAGGGACAUGCUGGAGCUGCUAUUGCAUAUGGAUCCUUACUUCUUAAAGGUGCUGAAGUGCCUGAAGUGAUUACCAGGUUCAACUCAGGUAAGAGUCCAUCAACUGGGAAGAUGCGGAAAAGGACUGCACAGCAGGAUCCCAUAAAGCUAGCGAAGGAGCAGUUUCAAAUUGCAGCUGAGGCGGGAUGUGAUCUAGGCUUGCGGUGGUUGAAGAGGCUUGAAGAUUUUGAAAUCCAAGAAGAAAAGCUAAAGCAAAUCCAACAAUGACAUCCUCUGAAAGGAUCACAUUGCAUCGUUAGUUGAUGCCUACAUAUAUACCUUGAAGUUGAAUUUCCGCCUUUCACAAUGUAGAAAGCUAUUCGAUACUAGGAUGUUCAGGUCAACUGAAAUUGCAUGGAAGACGAACUGAAAUUUUGAUCUCUAGGCUAACUGGUUGAACUGUAGUGGCUUGAACAAAUCCCUGUUUGGCAUGUGUUAGCGUUGUCAUUACUGGUAGGCGGUAGCUAUCUAUGAUCGCCAGGAUUGUCAUUUGUACUAAUUUUUUCUCAUAAUAAUUCUUAGAGUUAUGCCCGGUGUAAUAAUUUCCUC